GUCGUGAUACUUCAUUAUUCGUACUAGCUCACGACAGAUCAACUCUCGUUGUAAUUUGCCAAGUCGACUAAAAAAACGAAAUGAAAUUCUUGAUUGUUGCAGCUCUUCUGGUGGCGACCGUUUCGGCCAAGUCGGUGAAAAUCACAAGUCUUACCGACUGCGGAGGUCCUGCAGCUCCCAUUUCCGUCUCCGGAUCGAUCCUCACCGAUCCAGUACCAGUUCCCGGUCAAAUGAAUAUGGAUUUGACGACUGUCGCGGCUAUUGCAGCAACUGCUAGCGAUGGACUCCAAUUCCGCAAAGUGACCACCCGCACCACCGACAACUACCAAGUUCCUUGCUUCAACGGCAUUUCUGGCACUUGCACGCUUGAUUUGUGCGAAGCUCUUACCACCUAUCCCGAAUACAUCUGCUCCAUCUUCCCGCCCGGUGUCCCAUGCUCCUGCCCCAUCGCCGCUGGUACCUACGCCGCUCCCGAUGCUUUCGUGAAAUUCGACGCCGAAUGGCUCGCCAUCAACGGAGGAGUUAACGGUGAUUAUGUCACCCGCACUGAAAUCGUUGCGUCCCUUGGUACAGCCAACGAGCUCGUCUUGGGCUGCGUUGAUUUGGCCUACACUUUGGUGGCUGCUUAAAUCUAACUUUAACUUCAACCUGACGUGACAGUGAGAGUGACUCACCCGAGACAUUUUGAGUUACCAAUAAACAAACAUUUAAUUUCA